UUGUAUUCAUUUUUAUAUUAUGUUUUUGUUGAUAUGUCUGGGGGAUUCUUUAUGGGAGAUUCAUAGUUUGAUAUGGCUAGAGCGUCAAUGUCUAUAGCUUAGAAGCUGAAGACUCUUUAGUCUUUAGAUUAUGGAUUCUCUUGUGUUUGGGUGUAUUCCCUAUUAUAUGAGUUUUGAUUCAAAUUCAUUCACUCAGUCUCUCUUGCCCCUCUUAUGCUUCAGGUUCAUCUUGAAGAAGUUGAACUUGUAGCUGAAGAUUAGGUUAACGUAUUGCUUACUGCUUAGCCUGGUUUUUAAAUGGGCAGUUAUUUUUCUUUUUUUUUUUUUUUUUGCCCUUUAUACUUUUAUUUGUUUAAGCUCAAUAAAUCUUCGAAUAGUGUGUUCAAAUACAGUGUCUACAGAAGAUACUUAUGUUUAUGGUGUUUACAUAUUCAAAUUAUAAUGUUGUGAUGGGAAUGCUAUUAGUUAGGGGGUAUAUCAGUAAUUAAAUAGGGAAUUUGUUAUGAAAUGUGGUUAUAAAUAUUAUUUUUGUGAAUGAUUUAGGGCUUGAGAGAAUUCUCAAGAGAGGGAGGGUCCAAUUAAACGCUUGAUUUAUCUUGUAGUUUAAUUAUCUUUUGUCUUUCAAUAUAUUUGGGUUCUAUUAGUUUUCCUUUGCCCUGCCCUAUUGCUAAGUCGUCUUCAUGCAUUCUAAGAUGAGCAAAAUUGUAUAUUAUCGUGGAUAAUUGCAUUUCCAGUUUUUAACUUUAUCCAUGUCUGAUGACUCAUACUUAGGAUUUCGGAGGAUGGGUUCAAUGAAAACAGAGUUGAAAAAGGCUUGGCAGUUUUUAAUGUCAACUGAGUUUUGGAGGAUGGCUGUGCUGUGGAAUCUCUCUAUCCUCUAUUCUUACUUGCUGCUACUCUCUCAAAGAUUUCUCUCUUUCUCUAUUAACCACAGAUCUGAAACAUACUACUCCCAUGAAAGGGAUUCUCCUCGCUCCUCAGAAGCUGUCAUGCCCCUCUGCAUUAUCACCGGUGCUACUUCUGGAUUGGGUGCAGCUGCUGCUCUUGCUCUUUCUAAACGUGGUUUCUAUGUAGUUCUUGCUGGACGGUCAAGGCAUUUGUUAUUGAAGACAAUGUCAGAGAUAAAAAGACAGAAUGAAAAAGCCCUUCUUAAAGCUUUUCAAGUCGAUCUUUUAUCCAUUCAGUCAAUCUUGAAUUUCAAGAAUUCCCUUCAGCUUUGGCUGCAAGACUCUAAAAUGCAUCCUUCAGUGCAACUUUUGAUUAAUAAUGCUGGGAUAUUGGCAACGUCAUCUAGAUUUACAUCGGAAGGCUACGACCAGAUGAUGGCUACAAAUUAUGUCGGUCCGUUCUUUUUGACUCAAAUGUUAUUGCCACUCCUGAAGAACAGCCCUUUUCCAUCUAGGAUUGUGAACGUCUCAUCCUUUACGCAUAGAUGUGUUUUUGAUGUUCAGGUUGACGAGUAUACUGUAUGUGGGAAGUGCUUCAGUGGAUUGGAUCAAUAUCCAUGUUCUAGUAUCUAUGAGUAUUCUAAAUUAUGCUUACUGUUGUUCUCCUAUGAGCUUCACCGAAAACUUUCCUUAGAGAAUGGAUCUCAUAAAUUAACUGUCAUUGUAGCGGAUCCUGGAGUAGUCAAAACGAACAUCAUGAGAGAAGUUCCUACAUAUCUAUCUAAAGUAGCACUUACAAUAUUGAGGCUUUUGAGACUUCUACAACUACCUAAAGAUGGUGUCGACUCCAUUUUGGAUGCAGCCCUUGCAUCACCUGAAACAUCUGGGGUAUACUUUUUCGGUGGAAAGGGUAGAAUGGUCAAAUCCUCUGCUCGGUCGUACAACACAAAACUUGCCGAGGAGCUUUGGGAAACGUCGUCAAAUCUCUUUCUAAAAUCCCAGAUUGCUAUGGAAGGAGGAACCAGUUCUUAAUUUUGACCAUGGGAGUAUGUCAUUUCAAGUAACUUCCUCUUUUCCACAUUAUAAAAAAUUAUGAACUUGUGGUACAACUUUGUAAGACCCCUAGUCAGCGAAAUAUUAGGAUUAUAUUAUUAGUAUAGUUAUUAGUAUUGGCAUAUUAGUAACUAGCUAGGAAGUUUGGUAGACUUUUAGUUCUAAGUAGAGGGAGUGGAUUAGGAGCAAAGGGAUCAUUUUGGUUGGAAUUUCUAUAAUGUGAAUUUAGGGAGAGAGAUAGCCUCUUGGAAAGAUUGAUAUUGUAAUUUCUUCACUGAUAUUGCAAUAUCAUUCUAUUUUUUAGUGGUGGUGUAUUUCUUGUGUUCUUGAAGCUUUCUUGUUAUGGGGUAACCUAACAAACUUCUUACUAAAGAUCAUUUUUUAAGAAAUGAAAUGUCUUUUAAUAUUA